AGUGAUACCGAUAAUACAUCAAGAACAGGAAGUUGAUCAUCGACCUUGGAAACGCCUGCAAACGAUUGCAUUGAUACGAGAUAUUCAGGGAAGAUUCUGAUUGCAGGAUGCCGUACGCCAUUAUAGAGACGGAUGACGCUGCGGGUAAAAAGAAGUUGCUGGUGGUGCCCGAAGCAUGGGUGGAAGAUGAACAAGGCGAGUAUUUGCGUUGGCCUGAUGCGAAAAGUAUGAAAAGACUGAAAGAACUACUUGAGGAUGAAAAAAGCAGCCCGACGCCUGUAUGGGAAAAGCGUAACUGCAAGAUUAUAUGCCAGCAAGUUCCAUCACUAGUAGCAGGAGAGAAAACGAUAGAAAUUAUACACAAUUCGUCAGAUGCCGGUACUAGCGAUCAAACUACGGGAACUAACAAAAAUCUCAUUGAUACAAUAGCUAAAGCCACCAGCACAAGCUCAAUGAAAGGAGGAAAAUGCAAAACUGCUAUUGCCCAGAACAGUAAAACGGUAGCGUACGAUCCUCCUUCGGUAGGGAGUACUCUUAUUGUGGUCGAAGAAUCACAGCCAAGUGAAAAUUUGCAGGAUUUAUUAAGCGUUGUGAUUCCCAAGGAAGAGAACGAGGACUCAUUUGAUGAUUCAGACGCUUCUGAACAACUUUUGGAACCGAGCACGAAUGAUCCGCUUGAGCAGGAGUGUUUAAGCGAUAUGACAGAAACAGAGAAACGGAAAAAUGAACAGAAUCUGUUGUCCUUGUUAGGUAUAGAGGAACCGGAGUACGAUCCAUUUGAUGAUGUAAGCUCUUCAUCGGAAGCAUCCCAGCCAAGCGUGAGCAGCGUAGCUGGGAAGAAUUCGGCAAACAUUGAUCCUCUUAGCAAACCACUUUUGAAUGUGAUCGAUGCAAAGCAGCUGAGAGAUUUACAGAUAAUAGAGUACAAUCCGUUUGAGGUGGUAAGCCCUUCACCGGAAGUAUCCCAGCCAAGUCUGAGCAACGUGGCUGGAAAGAUUUCUGCAAAGAUUGAUGCACCACGAAAUCCACGUUUGAAUGUCAUCCAUUCAAAGCAGCUGAGAGAUUUAGAGACAAUAGAUUACGAUCUAGUUGAUCAGGUAGGCCCUUCGCGAGGAGUAUCCCAGCCAAGUGUGAGCAACGUGUAUGGGAAGAUUUCUGCAAAAAAUGAUCCACCUAGAAUAGCACGUGUGAAUGUGAUCGAUGCAAAGCAGCUGAGAGGUUUAGAUACAAUAGUGUACGAUCUAGUUGACGAAGUAAGCCCUUCACUGGGAGUAUCCCAGCCAAGUGUGAGCAACAUGCCUGAGAAGAGUUCUGCAAAAAAUGAUCCACCUACACCACGUGUGAAUGUGAUCGAUGCAAAGCAGCUGAGAGAUGAUGCUCAACGUUUCUUCUCCGGCACCAGCAAAGAGGCGGAUAGUGAACCAUCCGUAGAGAUUCAGACAUUUUCACAACUAAUCGACAUGGUACACGAGUUGAAGUGUACGAUUGAACGAAAUCAGAAGGACAUAAAAAAAAUAAUUUGGACUGCUAUGUCUCAAGUGAACAGAUCCAUUCAUAAGCUGCUGGAUAAAGAAAUGAAUGAAUCGUGUGAAAAUUUAUCAGAUGACGAUGAAGACCAGGCAUUCGACCUGCUAACGACCGUAGAGGAGGUGGAAAACUUCGAAGAACGACUAAAGGAUGAAACAUAUCAGAACAAGAUACACAGAUGGGUCGAUUAUUGUGUCCGUUUUGAGAGUAGCGCACUGUUUCGAAUGCACAAAAUGCUGGAUCUGAUAUUCGACCGAAAACUAUUAGCCAAGUUCAGCUGGUCGGGAAGGAACAAACAAUUCCCCAUGAAACACUAUGAGAAUAUACUGAAACUGUUUGAAUACAUCGGUACCAAUAGUAUGGAGCAUGUAAAACGGGAAGAUGUGACUGCAUUUUUCUUAAAUAAACUAAAACAUGCUCAGUACAGGGUAAAUCUCCGCUCUUAUACUAUGAGCGUACCAAGAAAACGAAAACACCCAAAUAAGAGAAGCGAUCAAGGUCAGGCAAGCAAAUCGAAAAAAGGUCCAGCGGAAGAAAUCUCCAACACACCGGAAUUGAAUGUGAGCAAUGAGAGUACGAGUAAAAUUAGUGCAGUUGGUAUCGAACCAAGCAUACCCAACUUAGAGAAGCGACCAGUUUCGAUUGCUCCUGCUGGUACUUCAUAUGCUUUCGUCAAGGAAAUAUUACCCGAGAUUAAUAUUGCUCCGGCUCAAUCGCUAGCACAAAUGGAUGAAUUCGAAACUGCAUUAAAUGACGAGAAAAGGAAAAAGCAAGCUCAAAGUUGGGUCGACAGAACGGUUGGACAAAUUGCUGAUGCUGAACAACGGAUGAAAGUGUUGCUGGAACGGUUGAUUGAUAGAAAUGUCCUGCUAAACUUUUGCUGGACGGAUACAAGUAGCGGAAAACGACGAUUAGACCAGUACAAAAACUUUGUUCGACUGUUUGAGUACGCCAGCAGAACCAUGCUAUUCAAUACUGUCGUGUUUAAUCACGGAUUUGUGGCCAGCUUCUUUGCAAAGACGUUGGACCACGUGGCGCAGCAAGUAGGCUGAAGUAGUGGAACCCAUUACAAUCGUUAAUAUAAAUAUGAACCUUGCUGAGAGUGGUGCGUUUUUCGAUCAGCACAUGAGAUUGGCAAUUUUCAAAGAUAGAUUAUCCAUCUUGGAAAAGUAUUUUGUGUUGCGCAUACAAGAAAGAGGAAUUGAUCUGACUUGAAAACGGGAAUUUUUAAAAAGAACUAAGAAAAACUAGUAGAAUGACGUCCAAUAUUCUGUUCAAGCAAUGUACGUGCGAAAUAUGAAAACAAUAUUAACAAGUAAAUAA